AUGGCGGACGAGAUCAAACCUCCGAUGGUCGAUAACAAGACGCUGCAGGCGGCGGGCGUUGGUGAGAUCGUGGAUGAGCGGGCUGGGGAUACGGAGCUGCUCGCGACGCUGGGAUACAAGCAGGAAUUGCGUCGCCACUAUUCGACCGUCCAGAUCUUUGCGGUUGCGUUUAGUAUUAUGGGACUGUUGCCGUCCAUUGCGUCGACGCUUUCGUUUUCAAUGCCGGCUGGCCCUGUCGGCAUGGUUUGGGGUAUGAGAUGGCUGACUGCAAGUGUCUUCAUCUUCAUCGUCAGUAUUGCAAUGGCCGACUUGGCCUCGGCCAUGCCCACAGCCGGCGGCCUCUACUUCUGGACACACUACUACGCCACUGAGAAAUGGAAGAAUCCACUCAGCUUCCUGGUCGGCUACAGCAACACACUCGGGCUUAUCGGAGGCCUUUGCUCCAUCGACUACGGCUUCGCCAACAUGCUCCUCUCGAUGAUCUCCAUCGCACGCGACGGGAACUGGACCGCUUCAAGACCCAUCAUCUAUGGCACGUACGUGGCAACCGUCUUUUCGCACGGCUUCAUCGCCAUCUUCUUCGCUAGGGUCAUGCCCAAAAUCCAGUCGAUUUGUAUUUUCCUCAACAUCGGCCUUGUCGUUGCUACCGUCAUUGCACUGCCGAUUGGGAAAGCUCACAAUGCCCCGCCUGUGAACUCGGGGUCGUAUGUGUUUGGUAGUGUUGAGAAUUUGACCACCUGGCCCGCGGGUUGGACGUUCAUGUUGGCAUGGUUGUCGCCUAUCUGGACGAUCGGUGCUUUUGACUCGUGUGUGCAUAUGAGUGAGGAGGCGACGCAUGCUGCUCGUGCCGUGCCGUUGGGGAUUAUUUCGUCUACCGGCCUGUGCGGGAUUCUGGGAUUCUUGUCGAUGGCUGUUAUUGCGGCGUCGAUGAGCACGAAUAUUGAGAUUCUGAAUUCGAGUUUCGGGCAGCCUAUGGCUCAGAUCUACUAUGACGCUCUGGGUAAGCAGGGUGCCCUCGGGUUCAUGGCGGUCGUCGCAGCCGUUCAAUUUUUCAUGGGACUCAGUAUCGUCCUCGCUGCCUCCCGUCAGAGCUGGGCAUUUUCCCGCGACGGUGCCCUUCCCUUCUCACACUUCUUCCGCAAAGUCAGCCAGCACAGACUGAUGCGCUACCAGCCCAUGCGCAUGGUUUGCGGUGUUGUGGUUGCGGCCGCAGCCAUUGGUCUCCUAUCUCUGAUUGACAACGCCGCCGCCAACGCACUGUUCUCGCUCGCCGUUGCUGGAAAUGACGUCGCGUGGAUGACGCCUAUCCUGUGCCGCCUUCUAUGGGGCAAGGAUAAGUUUGUCCCGGGUGAAUUCUAUACUGGCAAGUUCAGUAAGCCGAUUGGUUGGAUUGCGGUGAUUUAUCUGAUCUUUGCUAUCGUGCUGUGCAUGGUUCCUACUGGGGGGCCUAAUCCGACACCGGAGAAUAUGAAUUAUACGGUUGUUAUUAACGGGGCUCUCUGGCUCGGUUCACUGCUGUAUUAUGUUGUUCAUGCUAGGAAGACAUUCAAUGGUCCUCAGACUACGGUUGGACCGGAAGAUGAGGGAAAGAGGCUUGAGACGGAGACGGAAAAGAGUGGGCUUUAA